UUUCUCCCAAAUUCGUCAAUUGGUUUUGGGGUAUGCCAUACUCGGCAUCCCUGUACAUAAAUACCCCUCCCCCAAAUCCAUUCUUUGCAAGGUGAAGAAGCGAAAAACUCACCAAACGGCUAUUAUUGACGUUACAAGGUUGAGAAACACAGAGAGACACAGAAACCCAGAGAGGGAGAGAAACAGAUAGACAGACGAGGCCUUAAAGUUCGUGGCUUUGUCUGGAUUUUCCCUCCUUUGCCUUAUUUUCUCUGCAAUUUGUCUCCUUCGCGUUUCUUGUUCUACGGGUUCAUCUGUUGCCUGUCAUCUUUUGGUUACAAGGGGUUCGUAGGAGAAGCAGAGAGGAGAGAAACACAACCCAAUUGUACGCGCUGUUUGUGCUUCAGGAAAUUCAUUCAGCUUUGAGCAUGUUAAGGGUGGGGCGUGUUUUGCGUGGCUUGGACUUCAAGACUUACAUAUUUUUAUUUGUCGCCAUCCCAUUAGGCAUCUUUGGGAUAUAUCUGCAUGGACAGAAGAUCACGUACUUUCUGAGACCGCUCUGGGAAUCUCCUCCAAAGCCCUUCCGUCAGAUUCCUCACUAUUAUCAUGAGAAUGUAUCAAUGGAGAAUCUCUGCAGACUUCAUGGAUGGGCGGUUCGUGAAUCGCCAAGACGAGUCUUUGAUGCUGUUCUGUUUAACAAUGAAGUCGACAUGCUCACGAUUCGUUGGAAGGAAUUGUACCCGUACGUGACAGAGUACAUACUCCUGGAAUCAAACUCAACAUUCACAGGAUUGCCCAAACCAUUGUUUUUCUCAAUCAAUAGAGACAAGUUCAAGUUUGUUGAGUCCAGACUAACAUAUGGGGUUAUUGGAGGGAGAUUCAAGAAAGGAGAAAACCCUUUCAUCGAAGAAGCAUAUCAAAGAGUGGCUCUUGACCAGCUUCUGAGAAUUGCAGGCAUAGAAGAUGAUGAUCUCCUGAUAAUGUCUGAUGUUGAUGAGAUUCCUAGUGCCCAUACCAUUAAUCUCUUGAGGUGGUGUGAUGAUAUCCCUCAAGUUCUUCAUCUUCAAUUGAGGAACUACUUGUAUUCUUUCGAGUUCUUCUUGGACAAUGAAAGCUGGAGAGGAUCAGCCCACAGAUACCAGUCUGGCAAGACAAGAUAUGCUCACUAUAGGCAAUCUGAUGUGCUCUUGUCAGAUGCUGGUUGGCAUUGCAGCUUCUGUUUCCGGCGCAUCAGCGAGUUCAUAUUCAAGAUGAAAGCUUACAGCCAUACCGACCGGGUGAGGUUUGCACACUACCUGAACCCUAACAGGAUUCAGGACGUGAUAUGUAAAGGGACUGACCUGUUUGAUAUGCUUCCUGAGGAGUAUACAUUCAAGGAGAUCAUUGGGAAGUUGGGACCUAUUCCUCAUUCUUAUUCAGCAGUUCACCUUCCUGCAUUUUUACUGAACAAUGCAGAGAAAUACAAGUAUCUGUUGCCAGGUAACUGCAGGAGAGAAAGUGGCUGAGUUUGAAAUUUGGGAUGUGGUUUAAAAUUCAUUGCUCUUUUACACCAGAAAGGAACUCCAUUGAAUUGAAUGAUUCAUGGCCAUGGUGAUUGGUGAGGUCAUGUGCAAGAAAACUUGUGUCCCAAGGAACUGUAGUUCAUUGUGUGACAGAGGAAGCAUGUCAAAUUUCAAAUUCUGGGAGUCCAAGAUCUAAGCCAUGUAAGGUGGAAUCUGAGCUGUAGUUCAAUUUUUUUUUUUUUUGGCAGUCCUUCUGCUUUGUACCUUGUCUUUGGGUAUAUUAUAUAAAAACCCUAAUUCGGUUAAUUGUAGCGUGGCAUUUCCCAAGCUUUUGUGGUGGGAAUUGUUUGUUCUUCUUGUUAUCUUUGCCCCAUAUAUCUGACUCUAUUUAUUAAAAAAAUUCAGAGUUUGAUUGUUUAA